AAUCUAGUGACGCUAGACUCCAGAGGAAAAUAAAUAACAUCAUGGUGUCACACAGCAAUAUUAUUACUUACUUGUUGUUUUGUAAUGUUUAAUUUGAUAAUGGCUUUACGAAAGAUUGCUUUAGUUAGUAAUAGAUUAAAUUGCAGGAACAAAAUUAAUUAUUUGCAAUUGACGGAUGCUGUUGGGAAUAUCAGAUCUUUUGAAACGAGUGCACGGUUCAAAGGAACGUUUCUUGAACGUUGGGGCAAAUAUUGGAAAAAUCUUUACAUAGAUUACAGAGAUGUUGCCGUCGAUGUCGUAAAAGAUUUUAAAGCGAGACCUGUACGAUCUUCUGUUUAUAUUGCACUUUUAGGCAGCAGUUAUUACUUGUCGCAACACAACCCCGACACAUCUUCAUACCGUGAUCAAUUAAUACAAAAUGAAGCAAAAUUGAUGCAAGUGGGACGUUUUAUUCGAAACCCAGUGUCAGAGAAUUAUGUGACUUGGGUGGAGCAGUGUUUCAAUGAGGGAAUUGUCCGCCGACUCAAUUUGGGCAUUAUCUCAUUCAUGUGGCUGGACAACUUUGAUCGGGCCACAGCAGUUUACAAAGCCACCUGUCCCUACUUGAAACCCCGAUACCUCACAUUCUACCAAAGAAUCAUUGACAUUGGUUUCAUGGACAGAUGGUGGCUUCUCGAAGAAAAAAUGCAUGAUUACGACGUCAAUCAGGCAGAGUUUCUUCAGAGUUCUCCAAAUAAAGAAAGUGCAUAAUAUCUAAUUAACCAACCAACUACAUACAGAUUAACAUGUUAGUCACCAUCAUUUUCCUCACAAGAUAAUGCAUGAUAUAAUAUUUAAGUUGUACAAAAGUCACCUUUGUAAAUACAGUAGAAUUCAAAUUUA